AUGAUCUGUGAUGCUGACUGCCUUGUCAACAAUUUAGAGGCAAAGUGGCCUGGCUCAGUGCAUGACUCCAGAGUCUUUCGGGCUAGUCCAAUUUACGAGAGACUUUCACAAGACGAAUUCUCUGGUCUGCUGCUGGGAGACAAAGGAUACGCCUGCGAGUCAUUCAUCUUGACUCCCCUUGCGGACCCCCAAACCCCACCACAGCAGGCCUACAACCAUGCACACAACAAAACAAGGGCUCGAAUCGAGAUGACCUUCGGCCUUCUGAAAUCUCGGUUUCAGUGCCUGCACCACCUGAGGGUUUCCCCGGACAGGGCCUGUGAUGUUAUUGCUGCAUGUGCAGUACUGCAUAACAUUGCAGGCCUAAGAAAGGAGAGAACCCCCCCGAGUGGCUGUUGA